UGCGCGCACCAGAGCUAGGUCGGGUAGGAUUUGGAAUAAGGAGACCAAAGCUAUGAACAGACGGGUUCAGUCCAGAACCGUUAUGGGAACAGAGAAGUUGGCGCCCUGUGGCUUUAAGAACUAUUGCCUCGUGUGCAGGGAUUUGCACGUGCCAAGGCGCUGCCAGGGCGCCCCGAUUUUCAAAAGGUGACUUGAAGCGAAUUGCUUGUCCUGCCGAUCGGACUUGUGUGUGUGUUUGUCUGUGGCUCCGCGCUGUCAACUUCAGGACACCUCAAGUUUGCGAUUCCUGGUGUGCGCCCACUUGGGAUACUUUAGAGGUCUGAAGUGUGUGUGCCAGUUGUGUGAGCAUACAAACUUCACCUGCCAAACUGAAGGAGCAUGUUGGGCUUCCGUCAUGCUAACUAAUGGCAAAGAAGAGGUGAUAAAGUCUUGUGUAUCCCUGCCAGAGCUGAAUGCUCAAGUCUUCUGUCAUAGUUCUAAAAACAUUACAAAAACAGAAUGCUGCUACACCGACUUCUGCAACAAUAUAACACUCCACCUGCCCAUAGCUUCAGAAUCUUCAAGCAGAUCAAACCUAAGACCUGUGGUGUUGACAGUGAUAGUUACUGUGCCAGUCUGUAUCUUGUCUAUAGCUGUAAUGCUAACUGUAUAUACAUGUCAAGGCCGUCAUUGUACAUUCAGAAAGAAGAAGCGACAAAAUAUUGAAGAACCUCUAUCUGAAUGCAACCUAGUAAAUUCUGGAAAAACUCUUAAAGAUCUUAUUUAUGAUAUGACAACAUCUGGGUCUGGAUCUGGUUUACCUCUACUGGUCCAAAGAACAAUUGCACGAACAAUUGUUCUUCAAGAAAUAGUAGGAAAAGGCCGAUUUGGUGAAGUCUGGCAUGGAAAAUGGUGUGGGGAAGAUGUAGCUGUGAAAAUCUUCUCCUCGAGGGAUGAAAGGUCUUGGUUUCGUGAGGCAGAAAUCUAUCAGACAAUUAUGCUGAGACAUGAAAACAUCCUGGGUUUCGUUGCUGCUGAUAACAAGGAUAACGGAACUUGGACUCAACUGUGGCUUGUAUCUGAAUACCAUGAGCAAGGCUCCUUAUUUGAUUAUUUAAACAGAAAUGUUGUGACCAUUGAUGGUCUGAUUAAGCUGGCACUUUCAAUAGCUAGUGGUCUAGCACACCUUCAUAUGGAGAUAGUUGGUACACAAGGCAAACCAGCUAUUGCACACAGAGAUCUGAAAUCUAAGAACAUCUUAGUGAAAAAAAAUGAAACCUGUGCCAUUGCAGAUUUAGGACUUGCUGUGAGACAUGAUGCUGUAUUGAACACAAUUGACAUACCUCAGAAUCCUAGAGUGGGAACGAAGAGGUACAUGGCUCCUGAAAUACUUGAUGAUGUAAUGAACAUGAGCAUCUUUGAGUCCUUCAAACAUGCAGACAUAUACUCUCUUGGUCUGGUGUACUGGGAGAUAUCACGAAGAUGCUCAAUUGGAGGAAUUAUUGAGGAGUACCAGUUGCCUUAUUAUGAUGUUGUGCCUUCGGAUCCCUCAAUAGAAGAUAUGAGAAGGGUAGUCUGUGAACAGAAACUGAGACCAAAUAUCCCAAACCAGUGGCAAAGUUGUGAGGCACUCCGAAUCAUGGGUAGAAUAAUGCGUGAGUGUUGGUAUGCUAAUGGGGCAGCUCGACUGACUGCGCUCCGCAUUAAGAAGACCAUUUCGCAGCUCUGUGUACAUGAAGAUUCCAAAGCCUAAAUGGGUGAUUUGGGGGAAAGAAGGAAUCAUUCUCUCCAUCUUUUUACAUGCAGUUUUUUUUCUGUCUACCUCACGUAUAUACAGUGCAGUAUUUAAGUGCCCAAACCACAGCACUGAAAAAUAACUUCAUACAACCAGCUGCAGCUUUUGGUUGGUGUUGCUGUUUUUAUAAAGCAAAUCACCAACUCGCGUUGUUUUUUUUACAUGAAAGUUCAUAUUAGGAAAAUAGCAGAACUGAGCUACGAAACAACAUUCCAUAUUUAAACUAUUUUAUUAUUCUUAAGCUUUUUAUUCUUGUUAAAACCAAAAUACACUGUUGGUGGAAUGUAUGGGUUUAAAGAGAGGUAUGUAAAAGAAACCACAUAUGUUUUAUCCUCUAACUAAAAUCAGACCAAAUUCAUUGAGCUUCUUGGGUGUUUUCCCAUAGAAUCCUGUAGAAUAUUAUGACAAUAGAGUGCAUUUAUAUGUUUUUAUAUUGUAUUUAUCAUUUAGUAACCAAUCAGUUAAGAAGAAUAUUCCACUGAAAAUGUAUACUGUGAAGCUAAACAUGUGAGUCAGUCAGUCUCUCUCUCUCUCUCUCUCCCCCACCCUCCUCUCCUUUUUUAAAGAUUUGUUAUUACAGCUCAAUUUGCAACACCGUAGUUAAGAUGUGGCAGUAUUUUUGUUAUGUACCCCUAUUUCAGGGAUUAAUCAAACCGCCAUAAACACCUACUCUGAGCUAACUGUUUCAAAAUUUCAACCAAGGACCAGUUUUUCUUUUUAUCAAAUUGUGAGGAAAAGUAAUUUGGGAAGUAUUUCCUGGUAUUUGUGGGGGGAAUUAUAGGAAUGCUACAGUGUAAUCUAAAAAGCAUGUAUUUUUCACCAACCUUUUUAUAGACCAUUAGUCAAAGUUUUAUUGUCUUUUGGUAUUUUGCAGAGUGAGAAGAUCUAACAAAGUUAUUUGCUGUAAAAGCACAAUUUAUUGGGUGAAAUUGAUUCAGAUGCAGAGAUUCAUACAAGCUAACCUGUACCCCGUAUACAUCAGCACAAAUAGUUGUGUUUGAGGGGGGCCAGGGUGAGGUCCACAAGAUUUGUAACUCUGAACCAGCAGUUCCCACACUGAGAGUGAGUGGUAUAGACAGUGCUCACAGAGAUGGUGCUAGCCCAUUGGGGACCCUAUGCAGGAAUAUUUUGGCCUGCCCCCAUACAACACAUAAUAAAAAGUGAAUAGGGGCACCCCCUUGAUCUGCUCAGGGCCCUAAGCAAUUGCUUAGUCUGCUUAAGCCUAGUGCUGGCUCAAGACUAUAGGCUGGAGCAAUAGUACUCAUGAAUGGUUGUAUUGGAGUUCCUGUGUUCUGACCUGGCUUUGGGAAAUGUAUUUCCCUCCCACAGACCACUUCCCCCAUACUUAAAAUAUUUUUAAAAAGUCCAAUCCACUCUGCAGACACAGGAACUUUUUCAGUGUUUCUAGCACAGGAAUGUAAUACGCAUGUGCAACAGUUGAAGAAAAUCUCUGGAUUUAAAGGGCUAAAGCCAAGGGUGCCAGAACCUUUGCAGAAGUGUGUGUGUGUAGGGGCGGGGGAGCGGCACUGGUGCAGGAACUGGAAGGGUCAGGGGACCAUGCCCCCCAACUUUUUAACUUGAGUAUAGUUUGGGGGGCAGGGACAGCGUUUCCCCCCCCCCACACAGUAAGCCUGGUGCAGGUGUAGAGCAAUGCUGGCAGGGGCUGUGCUUUGUGGUGGUGUUGCCUCCCCAAAUUGCAAGCCUUGGGCAGGCAUGGAGCAGCACUGGUAGGGGCUGCGCUUUGCAGCGGGGGAGCCGAUCACUCCCCAACCACAAAGUACAGCUCCUGCUGGUGCUGCUCCGAGCCUGCCCAAGGUUUGCAUUUGAGGGGGGAAAUACCACCCCUACCCCUCAAAUUACACCCAUAUUAAAAAGUGGGGGGGCACGGCCCCCUGCCCACCCUGGUUCUGGCAUCAUUGUCCAAAAGUGCUCAUUGACAUAAGGCCGUACUGGUUUCUUCAGAAGGGUCAAUCAAAUAUGCAUCUCAUUAACGGCCCCAGGGUAUCGGGUAAACAGGACAUCAAAAUGACCCCUAAAUAGUUAUUUUCACAAUAAUGUUAGCUUACAAAAGUGUAGUAUGAGUAGGCAUUUUCAAAGGUUCGUAAAUAUUCUGUUAUUUCAUGAUUUCCUGUAAUGGAUUGGAAGGCAUGUGGAUAAGUAACUUUGAUACGCUUUGAGACAGAUUUGUUCAUAUGUCUUUGAUUUUGUUUUAUUACAAAAAUAAUUUCUUAUAACCACAGUUUAAAAAUAUAUAUAUUAAACCCACAUAAUCCAGGAAAUUCAAAAUUAGAUCUACAAAUCUCUUCACAACAUCACUGAUUUUGGGCAAUAUGAUCUUUUAUUAUGGUGUAGGGAGAGGAGGAAGUCUUUACAAGAGUGGGUGAUCUUACAUAGCAUAGAUACUUGAUAGUUUUUGUGAGUGCAACUAAUCUCUGUUGCUGGGUCUUUUGACUUCUGCUUUACGUGGAAAACAAGGAAUGUAGCCUUCAGUCAGCCGUGUCAGUGAUCCAUGUUUUAUCCUGACAUGUUGACUUCUGGUGCAGUGGAUGUUGUUUGUUCUUUAAAUCAAUACUAGUGAGUGUAGCAUACAUGUUUGUAGAACUUAUACAGUCACUUUACACUGCUUAAACUGAGGUGAAGAUUUAGUUAUUUGUGGCCCUUUAAUUAGACUGUAGGGUAGACACCAGAUUUGUAAAGGUAUUUAGGUGUUGCUCCACUCAGCAUUGCAAAGCCUAAGUCGCUUUUAAAAAUAAUAAUUUUUAACAUGAGGUAGCAGGGUCUACAUGGUCAAAUAGUGCAUGGCAGGCUAGACCAUUGUAGAUUUAUACCUGGGCUUUCUGCACACUAACUGGCGAUGUAGAUAAGCUCUAAGUCUCAUUUUAAAAAAUGACUUGGUCAAUGGGACUAGGCUCCUAAAUCAGUUGGGUAUUGCAGUGCUGAGUAGAACAAUGCCUAAAUACCUUUAAAAAUCUGAGCCUGUCUCUAAUGAAUAGCUAGUAAGUUUUAUUUCUGUAUGUUUUGAUUUACAGUCAAACUGAAUAUAUAUUUUUAAUAUUCUAUAUGUAUAAAUUAUACCAGGCAGUUUUGUCACAUACACACUUUCUAAUCUACAAUAUUUAUUUGAAAAUUAAAUGAAAAGUAACCAACCACUAUAA